AUGGAGCCGUCAGGCUCAUUGCAUUUCCCUGGCGGCCCGAUCAGGACCACGGGCGACGGAAGAGAAAACCCUGACGGAGCAGAAGACCCGGUCAUCCUGGCCAAAAGACUGAGCUCCAUGUGUGUCGGCAUGAAGCCUCUGCAGCCUCCUCCUGAGGACCUGUCCAAGUUGUCGUUCUUCCCGGUGAAACCGGUCGGCGAAAUCGUCCACCUGAAACCUGCUCGUUUGACCAGAGAAUUAAGUGCGAGCAGCUCCUUCAAGAGCAUGCAAGGCAAGGAGCCGAAAUUCGUGCCGUACGAACCCUACAAGGGCGCCGUGCACCCGAUCGUCUCGAAAAAAUCGCAGAAGAAGCUGAAGAGAAACGCCAGCUCCGACACCCUGCCCAGUUUGAAAGACGAUAGGUCGGUGGACACGCCCCCCUACGCGGAAUCCUCACAAUCGGAGCUGAGGCAGCAGUUGACUGGGGCCAAGAGCGAAAUCAAGCUGCUGGAGGCGCAGCUGCAGUUCCAGGAGCAGGUCAACACGGAGCUCAAGAGGAUGCUGGUGGCCGCGGUCGGCGAGGACGUCGAGGUCAAGGUGCAACACCUCACUGAGGACAAACUGCACCUCGCCAGAGCGCUGGUCAACAACUCGGAGAGCAUCACUUCGCACCAGGAGCAGCUGGAAUACGUGACUGGCCAGUGCGAGGUUUGGAAGAGCAAGUUCUUGGCCAGCAGUCUGAUGGUUGACGAAUUAAGCAAGUGGAAAAUUGAAAUGUGCAACUUUUCCGGCCAACUGAAAGAGAGUCUCAGCUCCGUACUGACUGAAAUGGCCAGUGCAAAAGAAGCGAUGAAAACGACCUGCAGAACCCUCCAGCUUCUGCGGGAGAACUUUGACCCGGCGUCUGGCUUGAGGAUGGGUUCGCCGGGCCGUAAAUCCAGUACCUGCCACCUACCGAGUACCUGCAGCCUGACCGACAUCGCCAACACCAACCAGAAGCUGAGCGAGGCCCUCAGCCAUAGACUUCUAGGAUACAUUCCCUCUCAUCCAGCCCAAAACACCGACUGGCAGGUGCUCCAAAACUUUUCCAACGCAGAGCUGAUAGCAAUUCAGUUGUUGCAAAUCAGCGGAACUGACAAAUUCGGACAGGGACCAGAUGAAGCCUGCAGCGCUGUUGUCGGCGCUGCUGCCGCGGCUGGUUGUCAGCUGUUUCCCCACAAGAGCUGCACCCCUACAUCCUGCUGUGGCCAGUGCACUGGCGAAAUUCAUCAGCUGUGAUUUUUCUCCUCUUAUUGUUAAAACAAAUUACAUAUUGAUAUUAGGCAAUACAGAUUUUAUAAAACUGAAUAUUUAUUGCAAUAAAUAAGCAAUGAAAAUAUA